AUGGCUUCGUCGCGGGAGUCGCAGCACUCACUGCUAUCCGAAGAUUCGAUCGACGCUCAACCCCAACGGUCUUGGAAUCCACUCAACAAUCGCCUAACCGACUCGGACUAUCGCUACCAUGCCCCCUCAGACAACACCUGGUCCGAAGAAGUCCUGCGCGAUGUUGGUCUGGGCAUCUCGAACUCAUCAGGCGACGCCAUUCCGGCAGAAAGCCCGACACACAAGCGCCAUUCAACCGAUAGCACCGCGACUACGACUCCAAAUACCUACAAGAUUCCUCAGUCUCCGCGGACUCCGCAGACUCCACAUGCCCAUGCCCAUGUGCGGUGCCCUAACCGAUCAACCGUGCUUCAGAAACGGCUCUCCUGGGUCCCGUUGACAGUGUUGGUCCUCGCUAUCUAUGCCACCAUCUUUUCAGGUAUCUAUCUUGGCAUUGCGCUUCGCAAGCCCCGAUGGCAGACUGUCUCCAGCGAUGGGCCCUUGGCUCCAUCUACAGCAACUUUGCUGAGCGCAUUCUUUGCGAAGACGAUCGAGUUGGCUUAUGUUACGAUUUGCGUCGCGUUUCUGGGGCAGGUGCUUAGCCGGAGGGCUUUGAUGAGGGAUUCUCGAGGAAUCAGUAUUUCGGAUAUGAAUAUGAGGGCCUGGAUCAUGCAACCGGGAUCUAUGAUUGUGCAUUGGGAGGCGCUGCGAUACUCGGCGCUUACUUUCCUCGGGUCGAUUGCGUUGGUUUCAACUUUCGUUGCGAUGCUUUACACAACUGCAGCGCAAGCUUUGGUUGCUCCCAAACUCUCUCUUGGUCCUGUUGAGCCAACGAUACUCCAGGGCAAGGUAAUCUCCAGCUUCGGAAACCCGCAGUACAUCGCAUCAAACUGCGAGACACCCGUCACCAACAGUAUGGACCCGCAUUAUCGAAACACGACCUGCAUUCAAAUUGAACACGUCGGCCACGCAUAUCAUAACUACCAGCAAUGGAUAAGCCAAUGGAGCCAACUAGUAACCCGCAACAAUGAAACCUCAAGCGAACUCCAAAAGCGCCCGCAGCCAACAGGUUCACUCUGGGACAACACCACAGUGACAGGCAACUGGAUCAACAUCCAAGACAUGUCCACGCUCUCCAAGAAACACGGCCGAAUGAUCAACAACAUAACAAUGGCAAUGCCGCACGGCGGCAUCCCCGGCGCAGCAAUGAACUCCAAAAACAAACUCAAACAACCUACAGACUCCUCCGGCGAAGGCAAAUACAACAUCGAAGCCUCGGUCCCCUCUCCAGUCGUCAACGUCCUCUGCAUAGGAAUGACAAAGGACGAGCUCAGCCCCUUAGUCUACUCAUCCUGGCCCGGCAGCGACAAAUUCAACAUGACAACCUGGAGUAUCUCACGCCCAGACGACAUCCCGCACCCCCCAUGGCUAAACCGCACAGUGGUCGACUCUCUCUUCCAAUUCGGUCCGAAAUACGGCCAAGUGCCACCCAUUUUCGGCAAAUACCCACUCCCUUACAACACAAUUCUCAACACAACAGGUUCCUGGCCCGCAAACGCCAUCUACCUCCUGGGCGCAACGCCACCAUCCAAGGACACCAACACACCAGAGUACGUGAUGUGCUCUUUGCGCGGGAAACAAACAGGCGCGUGUUCGACCAAGUACUCCGCCGACACGAGCGGCGCAUUCCUCAGCACGAACUGCGAGAACGCCUCAAACGGGCUCCAGUACGACAGACGACACGACUCCCCAGAGGGCCAGUGGGAUCCAGACUGGAAGAAUAUCGCGUCGGAGUGGGCGAAUGCUCUCAGCUUGAAUGCGGGUAUUUCAGACGGGGCGGCUAGCAAUGCCAGACUGCUGAUGCAGAUGAUCCCGCAGUUUGACAAGGACGAGGGGACGUUUGCGCUGGACCCGACUCUGCCAUCUAUUGCCGAGGCGUUGGCGGUCAUGGCUGGGAGCACUCUUAUCGUCAGCUCGCAGAAUGCGCCGUUCGUGCCGUUUUGGAAUUACAGUAUCGAGAAUGGGAAUGUGCUUUCCGAACCUGUUUACCAGGUUUUCAAUGCUUCCAUCCAGGCUGUUGGGUAUGCUUCCGGUGGGACGGAGCAGUGGCAGGGAGUUUUCUACGUGAUUCUUGUGUUUGCGUUCUUGACCAGCGCUGUCUGUCUUGGGUUUAUGAUUGUCGAGGCGCGCGGUCGACAGGUGACUGAUUUCACGGAGCCGCAGAAUUUGUUCGCACUCGCUGUGAAUAGUCCGCAAACGACGCAGUUGGAGGGGGCUUGUGGGUGUGGGCCUUGGGGGGAACAGUUGAAGGAGAGGUGGUAUAUUGGGAUGGAGGAGGAUGAUGAGCAUUAUUACAUUCGGAGUAAGACGGAGGAGAAGAUUCCGCUUCUUAAGGCGAUGGAUUCGACGCCUUUGGAGCCGAUGGAGAUCGAUGAUGGGGGUGGGAGGAUGCUCAGCCCUAUGGUUGAUGAGUUUAGGAAGGUCUCGAAACGUCAUUCGUUGUUGGCGAAGCUGUAUUGA